GGACCGAAGCUUCCAAUAUUAAUUUUGAAGCAUCUAACAGGAAGAGGUAAGUACCCAGUCGAACUUCAAUUCAAUUAGGCCGUAGCCCUUGGGAAAAGUAUGGGUCGGUUAUUUAAACGAAGUCUAACUUAGAAGGCCAUUUUUUGAAUCUUUGAAUCUUCAGAUAUCUUCCUGAGUGGGUUAUUUUAAGAAGGCAAAUGCUGAUCUAGUCUUCUUCGUUAUAUCUUCCUACAAAUGAUACAUUUCGCAUUUUUAGUUAGCUCGAGUCUUUUACAUUUUAAAAAUCGAAGAGUGAUGCGGCGAAGGUUUUUCAGUAUUGCCAAAAACUUUAAAAAAUCAUUGUUAUCCUGACUCGAAUUUAAAAUAAAAAGUUAAAUUAAAUAAAUAAUUUCUGCUUGGAGAAAAAGAGAUUAAAAAAACAACAACAUCAACAGCAAACUAUAACUUGUGGAAUGUGUGUCAAUUGUGCCACAUAAAAAUGAAUAAAUAUUUUCAUCCAAUCAAGGGGUUCAAGUCCUGAGUCAAAGAUGUGUUCGGACUGCAUAUGAAUGAUUGGUAGUAUCUCGCGCUAGGAGACCUUGAACAAAAUGAAUUUUUCUCCAAAAGUAAAUAUUGAGGUUUCCUUGUGCCUUAGCGUUUAGAUAUGGUCACGUGACAUGUCACGUGACCAAAAAUUGAAAAUAAAGGAAAUUGGCGAAUUGGUGGCGAAUUUACUUUGUUUGGAUAAACAAAUUGGCAUUUCUGAAAGACGAUAAACAUACAAAACUUUUUACGUUUGGAAUGAAUGUACUCGAAGUUUAAAAUUAAAGUUUUAAAUAAUUCAAGAUUAAAGUUGGGCAUUUAAAAUGUUUUCACUCAUAAUUUUUUAUUGAAGUGCAAUGGACGGUCAUUUCGAACGUGAAGUGUUAGAAAUAUUUAAUAUGAAUUAGAAAAAUGUUAUUGCUAGAUUUCUUUUCUUAAACUGGUCGCCAAUUGGUCAAUAAUUUAAGAUUUUUAGCAAAAUGGUUACGUGACAUAACAUAUGACUUAUUAACACAAUAUUAAAAGUGAAGGACGAUGAGUUCUUUAUUUCUGACAAAUUUUGAUUCAGCGCCAUUAUCUAUGCCAAAGUUAUAGCCAAUCCCGGCAUGAGAAUCAUUUUAUCAAUAAAAUCAGCACCGAUCAGCGGAAGAUGUUCACAAUUAGUAAAAAGCUGUUGAACAUGCAAGAAGAAGUUAAUGAUAAUUUGUUCCUUAAACUUUCAAUUAUAAGGAAAACUAUUAACGACGGAAGAAUAAAUUUGUUUGUCUUGUUUCUUUCAGUUUUGUCUUUAAACCAUGAAGUACUCUUCGUUCGCCCUGUUGGUACUUGUAAUUUCUUUGACUCAUGCAAAAUUAACUGGUAGGUACAUAAUUGAAAUUUCCCCAGGGACAUUUUCAUGUGAAAGGGGAGUAGGUGCCCCUAUAAAUGUGGGCGUGGACCAAGCUUUUCUUACCCCUCUAAGAUACCAUUCUUAUACAGACAGUUAAACAGGAGCUAUGAUGAAUUUCAUACGAUAAAAACUGUUCACUUCUACUUCUCCAUUUCUUCAAGCACAAUCUUACGCGAUACCUAUCGACGGAAUGAUUUUGUCUUUUCAUCCUAAACACCCCAAGAGAUAUACCAACUUUACACACCGAAACGAGAACUGAGCCUGCCCGCUCCUCCCGGGGGAGUUACCCAACAAAGUUUUCGUCGGGAGGCUCCGCCCCGCGGUCCAACCCCUUACCCUUUUAUAUACCAUUUUUGACAGAAAGGAACCCCUUUCGUAUGCUUUCCAUUGACAAAUGGUACCCAGUUUACUUAAAAGAAAACUGAAUGCAAGGCUGGCACUACGGCCAAGGGCUGAUUUAUUAUAGGCCAAUAUUUCGGCCAACAAAAUUAGCCUUCCUCAGGGCCAAUGGAAAUCCCACGGAAAGGAUAUCAGACUUUGUUAGUUGCCAUCUUAAUCCCUUGUUCAUGCGUUUGUUACUUCUAAACUAGACUAUUGUAACUCUUUAUUGUAUGGCCUCCCUAAGCAUAUGAUAGGUAGUUUGCAGUCUGUGCAAAACACGGCUGCUCGUAUCGUUACUUUAACCAAGAAAUUUGAUCAUAUCACCCCUGUAUUGAUUCAACUGCAUUGGUUACCUGUUCACUUUCGGAUUCUUUUUAAUUGUAAGUUUUUAUUGUAAGUUUAUAAGGCGCUAAAUGGUAUGGCACCAUUAUAUAUCACGGAAUUACUUAGUUAUCGUACAUGUUCACGUACGCUACGCUCUACUGAUAAAAAACUUCUGGCAGUUCCGAAGUCCAGACUUAAAACAUACGGAGACAGGGCCUUUUCCGUUGCUGCACCUAAACUCUGGAAUGAGCUGCCAUUAGAUCUUAGAAGUUUAGUUACAAUUAAUUUAUUCAAGAAACACUUAAAGACUGAUCUUUUUAAAAAAGCAUAUAAUGUUUAACUUUUUGAUAAUUUAGAAUAGGAUUUAUUGUGAUAUUUUUAUAAAUAAGACUGCUAAUAGGUUUUUAAUUUAUUCAUAUUUUAUUACCAGUGGGAUCUUUUUAAUUAUUUUAAUAUUAUGAAUUGUAAAGCGCUUUGGUAAAUUAGUGGAGUUAGCGCUAUAUAAAUUAUGUUAUGUUAUGUUAUCUGGUACAGCUGCUACCUUCUACGUUAAAAACACUACCCAUCUUCUCAGCAUACUUGAUGAAAUCAACGUCCUCCCCACCAAUGGUAUAUUUAUCACCCUAGUACCAGCCCUUCUUCAGUUUUGUUUUAUUUUACACUUUAAGUAACGUCUGGCAACAGCAUCUCUUUACUAGUUAGAGAUUCGGCAAGAGGAACCAGUGAGUUAUAUUCACCCUUUGCUUGAACCUCUGUAUUCAAACAGUUUUUCCCAUUUUACCUACAUAGCCAGUUUAAAACUUUGCACCUCUUUAACUGAAUAAAUAUGAAAAAAUCACAAAACCAAAAACCCUUUCGGGCAGAGACUUCCCGUAUAGGCCAUUAUAGGGAGUACCCUUUCGACCCUUCCCCUCACCCCCACCCCAAGAAAUUAUAUAUGAGCUUUGAAUGAAUUACUAUGGGCAUAUGGGCUCUUGGUAAGGCUACUAGCAAAACAACUUUUUUUUUUUUUUUUUUUUUAAUUUUUUAUUAUGUAUUAGUAACAGUUUGCGAUAGCAUUAGUUAAUAUGGUACUAUAUUCUUCUAACUUCAGAGUACGAUAUUAAAACCGGUACUUCAGAUGAUGUUGGAGCUGACAGUAACGCCAAUAUUUGGAUCAAAAUAUAUGGGCUGAAGGGCAUAACCCCGAAAUUACUCUUGGAUAACCCUGGGAAAGAUGACUUUCAACAAGGAGCGUAAGUCCCGCACGUUAUUGUUGUCUACAACUCGCAAUGAUUACAUGUUCACGAGAAGGAAACUCGAAUGAGUAAACUUUCGAAAAGACUUCAAGGGCUGUUACCGGGCACAAGGAUAGCUGACCGGCGCGUGCCCGGUUGAACAAUCACAGAUAGAAUUGCGAAACACAUUUCGAGUCCGGUUCCGUUCAAGAAGAUUUGAUAGAAACUUAUUCGGAAAUUUCUGCGGUCUCCACCCCCUAACCCAUUGGGGGGGGGGGGCGAAUAGAGAAGGGGGGGGAGGGGACAGAGGACGGCCGACAUUUCAGACACAACAAGACGCUAUGGAGCGUACACUUCGGCGUCGUGGUUGUGCACAGGCACGUAACACUCAACAAAGACAAAACGUCUUUGUGCAGCAUUUUGUAACUUUCAAUUCAUCAUAAAGCAGUUCGAAAGGAGCGCUCACUCGUGAAAUGUUUUUCAACACUCCAAGAGAAAUUUCGUGUCUCUGUGCGGCCAUGUAAUAUCCUCUAUUUAUUCCUCGAGUAAAUUAAAGACUAAACUAGAAGUGAUCUCAAGAUAUCACGAAGUAGUCCGGCCUCAUUUCGUGAAAUAACUGAAACAAGCCGAAAAGUCACGAACUUGCGCGCUCAAUCUUGUCCCUAAACUAGUGCAUAAUUUCAUAGCUAUUUUUCAUAUGUCGAACUACCUUGGGUCGCAGUAGCGCAAUCGGCUAAUCCUUCAAGUUAGACUCCCAGGUGAGUGGGUCAGUGAUCUCGAGAUAUUCCGAACGAAUUCGGCUCUCACUUUGUCAAAUAGGCGAAUAAAACCGAAAACCUACAGACGCUGCGUGCCCAAUCUUGUCCCAAAAAUGUCAACUUUGAUACAUUAAUAUUCCUGAGGGUCGCGAAUCCUUUACUUGCCGCUCCGCCGAAGUAAAAACAGGCUAAUAAUAACGAUAUCUUGGUUUAAAUCGGCAAAUUUGUAAGUUUCAAUUCUUUUCAAAUUUCCCUGCAGUGUAGACGAUUUUAAAGUCUGUGCCGACGAUGUUGGAGCAAUGACCGGAUUUGAAGUUAUGCGUGAUGACACGGUAUCCAAUGGCGUGUCUGCUACGUGGGGCUUUGAUUCCGUAAGUGAUUACAGUCAAACCAUGGUCAGCCUUGGGAAAUGGCAUACAGAUUGAUAUGUUUAAUGCAGGUUACAAAUUAAGCCGAGUGGCUCUGGGGACGAGAAUGCGCGUAUCUCAGAUAACAACAAAACAAAGGCGAACGCUUACGAUCGUACCUGCGAAAAAUGAUUCUGGAUAUUUUUUUUCUAUAGUAUAAAAUGAUACUGUGUUUUCUCGCUGACGCUCACCUGCAAUGAAGCACAGUUGAAAAGUUUAGCUUCUUAAGUUGGAUAGUUACAUGUCAGUAUUCACUUAUAUUCUGCUUUGUUCCAGAUUGGUGUGAAGCCUUCGUUUGACGAAUAUUAUUUGACGUUUUAUUAUAACUUUUUUUUACCGGCUUAUACGUGGAUCGAGUUCCCCAGUAAGUAAUUAAAUGUCAAAAAUAAUUGUUCAGCCAAAAGUUCGAAAAAAGCUACCAGUAUCCAACUCAAAAUUAUUGUUCAAUAAUAAAUUUCUAUGAUUUGUCAAAAGUCAAACUGAGCAGACCUCUUCGAGAUGCCAAAAAUAGAGAGAAAAAUUCAAGAUUAUUUUUUUCCAAAAAGUUUUAGUCUCCUACAAAGCCGUUUUUGACGAGACAAAACGGCUGCAAAGUAGGCUAAAAACGUUAUCAUGACGAUAAAAUAUGUUUUUUUCCCCUGCAGCAUGUCGCACCUACAAAGAUUUUUUUUCCAUAUGAAGUAUUUUAAUUGGCGGCCAAGAAAACCGCCUUAAAUUCCUAUUAAAGUGGACUGUUUGCAGUCUUCCAUUUCUCUGUAACAUCGUUAACAAAGAGGCUUAAUGCAACUGGCAGGCAUCUUUGUUCCAAAUGAGAGUGUAACUUUGGGAAGAGGAUCAAAUCUACCUAAGGGUGCGGCCGGGAGAAGCGGUUUGCGAGCUGGCAAGAAAAAUAAUUUUUUGUACGCAGUUCCUUAAGCGGUGAAGAAUUCAAUGAAAGAAGACGAAGAGAAUGGAAAAAACUCAAUGGCAACUCCUUUAUCUGAAUUAAAAUUAUUAUAGUUCUUUUUGCCUACCUGUCUUGGCAAGAUAUCUUUUAAUAAGUGGUCACAUAACGCUUAAGCUUCGCCUAGUUUGGUCUUCUUUGUGGGUUUUAAAUUUCUUAUUUUCACAUGCUUUAGUCGUUGUUACCCAAGCAAAUACUGUCCAGGUAAACUUAUUACAGAAUAAUUUCAUCUCAGGGGCAACGUGCUUGGGAACAAAUGAGGCUUGCUAUAAAGAAGCGGCUGCCUGCCCAGCGGGU